UUUUUUUUUUUUUUUAAGAUCCACGGAGAGGAACUUGAAAGGGGGGUUUUGUGUAAUGUACCUUUUCCAACCCUGGGCUGUAUAUGGAGAUACUGAAGUCUGCCGAGCAGCAAGACCACUACCUGGAGUUUAUUUCGAAACAGGACCUCGCCAAAGCAGGCGAUCGGAAAAGCUGGGUUUUUAAAAGCAAGCGGAGGAGAAAUUCGGCCGCCCGGCGCUGGGUUUUCUUUCAGGGCGGAGGGGAAAGCCAAGUCGACCUACGGAGGGCCGGGAAAGAACAUUUUUGGGAGACCCCAAGAAGAGGAAGAAACAGGGGUGGAAGGAAAGAGAGGAACACCGUUUACGCGCACCCUGGUUUGGAUCUAAAACACACACAGAGAGAAAAUUCUCUCUCCCCCCCUUUAUUUUUUUUGGGAAGCGAGUUGAGAAAAGGAUCGAAGCUCACACAAAUCCGUCUGAAGAAUGGCAAAGAAGAGGAUUACAUAGAAAUCCAGUUAGGGGGGAUUCCUUAAGGGAAAAAGAAGGCAAAAGAAGAAAGAAGAAAAACCAUCGGCCCGCUGCCACCGGGGCUCUUGGCUAGAAGGAAGGAGAAUGAUAGAGCCCAGGACCGAGCCGGGGCGCUUCUGCUUCCAAAGCCUUUGAGUCUGGGGCGGGCGGAGGGCGGCGGCGGCGGCGGCGAUCGGCGAGCGGAUGAUGGAUGGAAGAGACCUCGGGCACCCCCGCUCCGUCCACGUCCCCCCGCCGCUGCUCUCCAUGGACAGCCACCACCACCACCACCGGGCCGCCGCCGCGGCCGCCGGAGCCGCCGCGGCCCGCCUCGCGCCCUUGGCGGCCGGGCUGCCGCCGGCGCCUCUCCCCGCUGGGAAAUACCUCGCGUCCGGCAUCAACCUCCAUUCCCACGCGGCUUUCUCCCACCUGCCGAACGGUCUGUACCCAUCCUACAUUCCCUUGAGCCACCUGGAGCCCCAUAACAGUGGGAGUCCUCUGCUCUCUCAGCUGGGUCAGCACAGUCUCUACGAGUCUCCGAAAGAUGGGUUUUACCUUGCCGGCCAUGCAGGACAGUCUGCCUUGCACCCUCAAGGCCCCCCCUCGAGGCUGGGGGCCAACCAUGCAUCCAGCGCCCUGCUCCGCGAGAAGGACCUCGGGCACCUGCACAGGGGCUCAAAGGACGGCGUGAAAGACCCCGGCGCCAAGGACCGGGCGUGCCGGAGCGACCUCUCCUUGCCCAUGGCCAAGAGGGAGGGCAAGUUGCGAGAGGAACCCCGGCCCCACAGCGUGGUGGACCUCACCCAGGACACUAAGCCCGACAGCGACAGGAAAGUGAGCGGCCCUGAGAAGGCCAUCAAGGUCGCGGAGCGGCUGUCCCCGUUCCUUGCCGAACACAUGCCAAAUCGGGGGAUCCUUAGCGGAGAACCAAAGUCGAAGAACCCGCUGCAGACCUCUUCGCUCAGCAACUGCAACGGCGGAGGGGACCUCUUGGGGAAAGCGCUGGGAUCCGAGCAGGAUCGCUGCGCGAAGGACCCCACCAGACAUGACGAGAACAUGCGGCCUUCGGCACACGCACACCCCGACAGGCUGAAAAGGGGCGACUCCGUGAUGGGCUCGGUGGCCACUUUGCACGUGGCCUGCAGUUGCCCCUCCCCGGCCCAACCCGGGAAGCUCCCCCCUUCCUCGGCAUUCCCUCCCCAACCUGUCCAUUCCAACAUGUACACCAUCUUCCCGUUGACCAAGGAGCCCGGGAGGGAGCACAAAGUGAUCGCUCCCACGUUUGUGCCUUCCGUCGAAGCUUACGACGAGAGGACUGGCCCUAUCCAGAUCGCCUCCCAGGCCCGGGACAACGGGAAAGCGAAAGAGAAGGAUGCCCCCGUGGCUGCCAGGGUGGGCGUCUUGCAGGCUUUGCCGGAGAGGUGCCUGGGUGAGGGCCCUCGCAACCUCUUGCCCCAAGAUUUCCCCGUCCACGGAGACGCCAAAAGGAUGGAAGUCCUAAGGGAGAAGGGCUCCGUCAUCAGGGCCAACUCCAUGGCGUUGAAGAAACAGGCGGCCUCGGAAGCCUUCCUGAGCCGGCCGAGGCUGAGCUCCCCGGAAAGCAGGGAGUUCCUCGCCUCGAAAGACUUGCUCAAGCCGGGUCUGGAGGCAGAACAUCGUUCCUGCGAGCGGGACCGGUUUCAAAGAUCUGGCUGCAAAGAGGCAGCGAAGAUAUAUGGCACUUUGGACUCCUCUUCCUCCUCCUCCUCCACCUCCUCCUCUUCCUCCUCUUCCUCCUCCUCCCGGCAACAUCUCGAUCACGGCCAACAACUAAAGCUUCCCGAACAGAAAUGGAAGCCUUUCGACAUGGGCAACUUUGCCACCACCCAGAUGGCCGUCCUGGCCGCCCAGCACAACCACGCCAACCGGGUGGAGGAAGAAGCCAAGAAAGCGUACCUUGACCCCAGCACCCUGCAGCGUUCCUCGGCGGCAGGCCCCCGGAAUGCCGCCGACAGCCUCCACCCUACCUCUCAUGGCGAGGGUUCGGCCAUGCAGAGCCUCAUCAAGUACAGCGGCAACUUCGCCAAGGAGACGUCGGCUCGCCAGGGCAGCGGCAAGAAGAGCCCCUUCGGCGGUCUCGGCAACAUGAAGCUGGAUCCCAGCCAGCAGGCCUCGUCCAAGAUCCAGCAGCUGCUGCCCCACCAAGCCAGCAAGCAGCUGAAGAAGGAGCCCGAGCGGCCUGAGAGCGCCAAGUCCUUUGGGCGCGAGAGCAUCGGGUCUCAGGGAGAAGGGGAGGUUCGGCAUCUUCCCGUGGGCAUCGCCGUGGCCGUGGCCCGGCAGAAGGACAACAGCGGCGGCAACAAGAUGGGGCCCGGCUUGGUGGACCGCGACCGAUCUCUCUCUCUGAGCAAUGUCAAAGGACAUGGACGCUCCGAUGACGACUGCGGCGAUGACCGGCCACGGCAUCGAGAUAGCCACCUCCUGGCGAGCCGUCUGGAACGAGACCAGGAGAAACUCUUGAGAGAAAGCAAAGAACUGGCAGACUUUGCUCGGAUACACCCCACUGGCUGCACUACAAAUGGCUUGAACGCCAACCUCAUGGUGACCGGGGGGCCACCCCUGACUGGCUCAGGCCGGUGGUCGACCGACCCAGCGUCACACCUGGCAACUCACCCGUGGUUACCCAGGACCGGCAGCUCUUCAAUGUGGCUAGCGGGUCAUCCCUACGGGCUCAGCCACCCUUCCCUGCACCAAGGCAUGGCUCCUGGUUUCCCCCCUAGCAUGGGGGGAGCGCUCCCUUCCGCAUACCAGUUUGCCAGGGAUCCUCAGUCGGGUCAACUUGUCGUGAUCCCCAGUGAGCACCUGCCACACUUUGCAGAGCUGAUGGAUCGUGCCCCUCCUCUCUGGCCUGCUAUGUAUCCCCCCACAAGGAACUCCCUCCAGCACGCGCACCAGCUCCAGCUCUUAUCUCACCAGCAGCUGAUCCGCCAGCACGAGUUGUACAUCUUGCAGCAGCAGGCCGCCCAUGCCAUGGAGUUGCACAGGAGUGCGCAGUUGGUGGAGAGGCUAAAAGCUAGCGAGCAGCGGGUGGAGAUGGAGGAAAAGAUGGCCAAAAGGUGCCUGGACAAUGCCAAGACGGGCCUCUCCCCUUCCAGUUCUGGCCUCUUGCACCGGAAGCCUCCCGUCCUCUCCCCCAGCACUUCUGCAUCGUACAGCAAGGCAGUGAGUCCGCCUCCCCUGUCUCCCAGGGCCACGCCCGUGUCUGUGCUCAAAGCUGAAGUCAUCCAAAAGAUGGAAGAGCCGCCAUCGCAGCCGGCCUACUCCUACCCCGCCACUCCCGUCUCCCACCCUUCCAGUCCUCCCCCUGCUUCUCCUCCCCCGGCCCCGGCCAUUCCUCCGAAAGAAGAAGAAGAACCUGAGAGGGUGGAGAAGAAAGAGCUGGAGCUGGAAAAGGAGGCCUCCAGCCCAUACCAGGCGCUGUUCCCAGAAAUCCCAUCAGGAUAUCCAUUCCAGUCCCUACCGGCCUCUUUCAGAAGACACUACCCAUACCUCCUUCAGCCCACUGCUGCGUCAGACGCGGAUGGCUUGGCACCUGACAUCCCUCUACCCACCGGAGAUCCGGAGUGUCUGGCCCUUUCCCCAGAAGUCAAGCCUCUCCACCUCUCCCCGUCCAAAAUCGUCAAACCCCUCCAGGCUGCGGAGGAAGAGGAGCGUUUGGAAGAACGGGUGAAAAUGGAAGUUGAGAUGGACGAAAACCAAGAAAGCGGCAUCUGUGAGCAGGAGAUGGAGGCCCUGAAUGUGGCGACCGCCAUCGCUGUCCCAGUCCAGGAUGUAAACGGAUGCAGCCUUCUGUUGCACCAUGGAGCAGAAACCCUGAGUAGUUCAGAGCAUGAAGAAGAAGCUCUUCAGGACUGCUCACCUGCGUAUCAAGUCAUGGCCUGCUCUGUGGAAAUGGAGACCCAGGUGGAAGCGGCCAACGGCACUGAAGCCUGCCCUGUCCACGUUGACUAUGAUGGGUCCUUGUUACGCAGGGAUGCCGACCAGCCUGGGAUGGGCCUUAUGCCUCAGCCAGAGGAAUCUUCUCUUGCCACAGAACUCCCUCACAUCAGCUCUCCCCAGGGAAGGGAGUUUCCUGACAUGCUCCAGGAAGAGGAGGAGGAGGAGGAGGAGGAGGAAGAGGAGGAGGAGCCAACAUUGGAGAUGCCCUGCUAUGGGAACGAGGCUGUCUCCUGCCAAGUCCCACCCCUGGACAUCAAAGCGGAAGACCCCCUGGCCGGCAUGAAUGUCUUGGCCGCAGCGGCCGAGUUGCCCCAGGCGUGUCCCUUGCUGACGAGUGAUGGAAUCACCCAAGAGGCGGUGGUGAACCUGGAGGUGUCUUCCAGCCUAUCGCCGGAGCAUACAUUUUUGCAGGGGAUCACGCUGCUGAGCGAAAUAGCUGAGCUGGAACUGGAGAAGAGGAGGCAGGAAACUCAAGCAGGUCUGGAGAAUUUCCCUGUUCGCCCAACCCUGGAGAGUCUGUUAGCUGCCAGCACUCAUAUGUUGAUGGAAGUCCUCUCAUCACCCUUUAUGGACAGUCUCAAAAACAUCCGUCUGCCUCGAGAACUGAAUCCCAACAAAAAGUAUAGCUGGAUGCAGAAGAAGGAUGAACCAAUGUACUCCAUAAAGUCAGCCAUUGAGAACAUGGAUGCGAUGGAGCUGGAUUACAGGAUGAGGCUGGCCGAGCUUCAGCGGAGGUACAAGGAAAAGCAGAGGGAGCUGGUGAAGCUGCAGCGACGGAGAGGCUCUGAGGAAAAGCAUGACGAGAAAAGUAGAAGCUUGGCGAGACGAGGCCCAGGAAGGCCCAGGAAGAGGAAGCACGGAUCGAGUGCUCUGUCGCCCCCUAAGGAGAGAGGGAAGAGUGACGGCAGGAGUGGAAAGAUGAGCAAGUCCUUACUGCUCUCUGAAGACUCGGAGACCAGCGAAGGGACACGGAAGAGACACAGGGGCAUCCUCCUUGAUGAGGAAGAAGACGUGGAGAUCAGGGGCGGGAAGGCGAAAGGCAGAAAUCGCAGUUGGGAGGAGCAAGACAUGUUGUCGAAUUUCUCCAGCGAGUUAAAGAUCAAGAAGAAGAAGCUGGCGUCUGAACAGGAACAGCUGGUGAGCAAGCUGGACAAAGCCCUCUCUCUCACCAGGCACAGCAAGUUGAAAUCGCCUUUUAAAUUUGCAGACAGCUCUGUGGGGAGGCAGAAAAAUGGCGGAUGUUAUGGCAACAGAUAUCUGUCGCACCGUGAGGCCUUGCUCGACAAGGACGAAAAGAAGAGCUUGGCCAAAACUCUGAGCUUCUCGCUGAAAGCUUCCAAAGAAGGUAAAAACAAAAUGGCCGCCAAAAUGAAGAAGAUGGAGGAGGGGCUAAGAGUCAAGGGUCACCUGAAGGUUUCCAGUUCACCAGCAAUAUCUGAAGUUAGCAGCUAUUCCUAUAAUACAGACUCUGAGGAAGAUGAUGAAUCCUUGAAGGACGAGUGGUCUUCUCAUUCUCCGGCCAGCUCCAGAAUGAGACCUUCCGGCCUCUACAGUGUAGUGGCCUCAAAGAGCAGCAAGAUCACGGGAGGUUUCACGGCUGCCAAGAAGGGCAUCUCUGCCACUAGAACUCUCAAAUCUAAACUGACUGCAAGCAGGAAGCCGCCGUUCUGUUUGCUGCCCAGAGAGGCCGAAGUUGGAUCUUCGUUCAGUGAUUCUUCGGAGGACUCGUUCGAUCAAGACUCUAGCUCGGAAGAGGAGGAGGAGGAGGAGGAAGAAGAAGAAGAAGAGGAAGCGGAAAGCUAUGGAAUGGGUGUCAACGAGAGGCUGUCGUCGUCUCCUGCUUUGGACGAGAGCGGCUUGGGUCUCCUCGCGAGGUUUGCAGCCAGCGCUAUGCCCAGCCCCAUCAUCCCGCCGUCCCUUUCCAUCGUCCAGCUGGAGGCCAAACAGAAAGCAAAGAAGAAGGAAGAGAGGCAGAGUUUGAUGGGGACGGAGUUUGAAUACACGGACUCCGAGAGCGAGGUGAAGAUCAGGAAGAAGUCUCCCUCCGGGCUGCUGCGUGGAAAGAAGGGGCUGCUUGAACAAAGCAGCACUGCAGCUGUGCAGUUGGCAAGCAGUGGAGCCAUGGAUACCGCCUCCGGGGGGAGCCUGGACAAGGCCAAGAUGGCACCCGAGAAGAGCCGCAAGCUGAAGAAGCUGAAGUCGCCGAAGGACCUGAGCUUCGAGUUUGGGCUGGAGGUGAGCGACGAUGACCUCUGGACCCGGCGGAGGAGCGAGCGGAUUUUCCUCCAUGACGCCACCACGUCGUCCGCCGUGCUGUCCCACCCAACUCCAUCCAGCUCCACCCCCGUUUCCAAAACUGGCCGCUGCGUGAAGGGGACGCCCCUCAGUCCCAAGAAAGACGGGGCCAAGGCGAAGGAGAGGAAAGAACUCAGCAAGAAGAAGAAGAACAAAGAAAGCACAUUCUGCUCUUCCUCUUCCUCCUCCUCUUCCUCCUCUUCCUCGUCCUCCUCUUCCCUCUCUCCACCGGGCAUCGCCAGCGCCCCACCUGACAUCCGAGCCAGCUUGGCAAACACUCUGGGUCCCAGCAAGAAGAGCAAAAGCAAGGCCAAAGCCAAAGAAGUGAAAAAAGAGAACCGAGGGAAGGGAGGGGCUGUCAGCAAGCUGAUGGAGAGCAUGGCUGCCGAGGAGGAUUUCGAGCCCAACCAGGACAGCAGCUUCUCCGAAGACGAGAACCUGCCUCUGAGCAUGCUUCUGGAACGGCCCCUUACGCCAGCUCCCCGCUCUUGCAUCAUCGACAAAGACGAGCUGAAAGACGGCCUAAGGGUCCUGAUCCCCAUGGACGAUAAACUGCUGUACGCUGGGCACGUGAAGACUGUUCAUUCUCCUGACAUAUACCGAGUUGUGGUGGAAGGGGAGCGAGGAAAUCGGCCCCACAUUUAUUGCUUGGAACAGCUGCUGCAGGAGGCGAUAAUUGACGUGAAACCCCCUUCGGUGCGCUUCCUCCCUGAAGGCACGAGGAUCGCCGCCUACUGGAGUCAACAGUACCGCUGCCUCUAUCCAGGGACGGUCGUCCAAGGGGCUCAGGAUCAGGAGGAAGACGGGGAUUUGAUCACUGUGGAGUUUGAUGAUGGCGACACCGGAAGAAUCCCGUUAUCUCAUAUCCGACUUCUUCCACCUGAUUACAAGAUCCAGUGUGCCGAGCCCUCUCCUGCCCUCCUGGUCUCGACUACAAAGCGCCGCAGCCGCAAAUCCAGUAAGGAUACCGGAGAAGGGAAAGAGGGAAGCGGGACGGGAUCGGAGGAGCCGGCGGCGAAAGGCAAAGGGCGCGGGAGGAAACCGAGCAACAAACAGAAAGCUGAAGAAACCAUCCUAACUGAGCAGACGAGCCAGGGGGAAACGCCAGGAAACUCUUCCCUUGUUCCAGACAAGUCAGUUUGCAAGCAAGCUGUGAAAGGUUCAAAGAAAGCGCAGCCACAGAUCCCGGCCAGGAACCUCCCAGCUCCAGCGGAAGAAAAACAUAACAGUAAAGGUGGCAAAAUGAAGAUCUCUGCCAAGCUGCAUGGCCCGGCCCAGUCUGCCUUCCAGCCUCCGGUCUACAGUAGCAGCCGUGGGAGUGAGCCGUAUGCCGAGAUGCCGGGCCUUCUGGCGGCCUUCGGGCCUUCUGACAGCUCCUCCUCUGGGAAAGUUAAAUCUAAGAAAGCGAAAUCCACCGAGGAGUCCCAAGAAUUUGGGUCGACGGGCAAAGCUCAGAGGAAGAUCCCAGACAGUGAGAUCCUGGUCAAACUCGACCACGAGGGAGUCACGUCCCCCAAAACCAAGAAGACGAAAGAGGCGAUGAGGAUGCUGGGGGAUUCCAACCUGGCCGGCCGGCGGGAGGCCAAGGACAUCUUGGGACUGAGCUACAAUUCCAUCGCGAGCACCGACACCAAGCAGAAAACGUCCAGGAGCAAGUCGGCCAGCGGAGAACCUUUGGCUCCUAACUUUGGGGGCAAGUUUGGGGGCUCUGGAGAGAACCCGCCUCCCUCAAAGGAUCAAGGGGAUGAAGGCCAACCGGCCCCGGCAGGAGACGAGUCCGAAAGCAACAGCAGCGGCAGCAGUUCAGAGUCUGAAGGUGAGGAGGAGGCAGAGAAGAACGGCGAUGGAGCCCAAGACAGCAGCUCGGCCAGUUCGAGGGCCUCCACGCCCAUGUCUUCAUCAAACUCCUCCUCCUCUUCUUCCUCCAGCAGCAGCAGCUCCUCCUCCUCGUCCUCUUCCUCCUCCUCCUCUUCUUCCACCUCCUCCUCCUCCAGCUCCAGUUCUUCCUCCUCCUCCUCCUCUUCUUCCACCACAGACGAAGACUCCUCUUGCAGUUCGGACGACGAGGCGGCCGAAUCCCAGCAGGGCGCCUCUUCUGGCCAGCAGGCCCUCCCGCCAAAACCGGCCAAGCAGCCGGGGAAAUCCCGCUCGGCUUCACACCCACAAGGGCCAAAGCAGCAGCAGCAGCAGCAGCAAGUGGCACAGAAGCAGCAGCAGCAGCAGAGUGGGAGCAAAAACCGGCCCAAGAAGCGCGAGGGGAUCCACCUGCCCACCACCAAGGAGUUGGCGAAACGCCAGAGGCUGCCUUCCGUGGAGAACCGGCCCAAGAUCGCCGCCUUCCUGCCUGCACGGCAGCUUUGGAAGUGGUUUGGGAAACCUACUCAGAGGCGCGGGAUGAAGGGGAAAGCCCGGAAGCUCUUCUACAAGGCCAUUGUCCGUGGGAAGGAGAUCAUUCGCAUCGGAGACUGUGCCGUCUUCUUGUCAGCUGGACGGCCCAACCUGCCCUACAUUGGGCGGAUCCAGAGCAUGUGGGAAUCCUGGGGGAACAACAUGGUGGUCAGAGUGAAAUGGUUUUACCACCCAGAAGAGACCAAUCCUGGCAAGAAGCUCAACGAAGGCAAGCGCUGGGAUCAGAAAUCCAGCAGAAGCCUCUCCGCUGCUCUUCAGGCUUCCAGCCAGAGGAAAGACUUCAUGGAGCGUGCACUGUACCAGUCUUCCCACGUGGACGAAAAUGACGUCCAGACAAUCUCGCACAAAUGUCUGGUGGUGGACCUGGAACAAUAUGAGCAGAUGCUAAAAACCAAGAAGUACCAGGACAGCGAAGACCUUUACUACCUAGCGGGGACGUACGAGCCCACCACGGGCAUGAUAUUCAAUACAGAUGGUGUACCUGUCAUCUGUUAGCUGCUUCUGGAAAAGGGGAACCUGGGAGGCAUCCCCACUCCCAAAGCAUUGAGAUCAAUAUACGCCCCACCUCUCCAUGGAGGGAGAGGAAGAAGAAGAAGAAGAAUGGGACGAAAUGAAAGUAUGUGCCUGUUUUAACGACAGCGUGAUUGUUUAAUGUUCCGUCACACCGUUCCGAAAAACAGAGAGAGAUUUUUUUCCCAGAAGUUUCCCGAAAACAACUCAGAGAUGGAUCCAACUCCUUCGCUUUUGCACAAGAAAGGAAAUUGGUUUUCAAAAAACACAACAAAUGCGUUACAGAUCCCGGGCGGUGAACAUGUUUCCUGUCCUUUGCGAACUGGUUCUGCUUUGGGGCACAGCGUCAAAGUACGGCCUCAUUCUCCUUUUGGUUCAAACUUUCAUAGGAUAUUUCAGGAUGCUAAUGUUCUCUGGACUCGGUGUUCUCUAGCCUUCCGGGUACCUGGCCAUCCUUCCUCACCAAUUGCAGAUGAACUUGCGGAAGAAACCGAGGUUAGAGAGAGCCCUGGUUGAGCGCCAGCCAGAAAUGUGGUUGACUUCUCUUGUCUCGAAGGACUGCUCUCUGAUCUCUGGCAGACAGCUCUGGAAGGAGACAGCUCUGGAAGCUGCAGCUGAAAAUGGUGUCGCUCAAACAAAGAUCUGUUGACCAACAUCCCUCUCUGGGUACGGGAGGACUGAGCAGAUGGACGAGAGAGUUCAGAUGCUGGACUCCUCUUUUUGUCAACCCCCCUCCAAACAUUUGGGAUUUUGAGGCUCUUUUUAUUCUGAGCAGGCGCAGUUGAACAAAAUUAUUUCCUUCCUCACAUACUUUGAAUGUAAGAGACUCAGUCCUGCUUAGAACCCAAGGGUUCUUCUUCUAUCAGCGAUUUCCGAAAUACAGAACAUGAUUUUCGGAGAAGCUUGUUUGGGAGGUAUGCUGAUGGCCGUUUGCUGCUCCCACUGCAAGAACCCAUGGAACGCUUUUCAAAAAAACCCACUCUACCAUGUGUGGACCUAACAAACUACCUUCUGAAGGCUUCUGGAUGUUCACACAGAACAAAAUGCUAAAGCCUGUCUUCACCUCCCCACCGGUACCGCUCGUAAAAAUUAGGGAGAAGACGGCACUCGUGGAAACCUUGCAUUCUCCAUGCAGGAAUUGCUGGCUGUGGGAACAGGGAGCCUGUGUUAAAUGUGUUGACACAAGAUUAGUAUGGACAACUGUCACUGAUCCAGCAUUUUCCGCCUCCAAAAAUGUGUCCAAUCUAUUCAUCCAUCCAUCCCUGCCAUUUUUUCCUCCCUGUGGGCAGUUAGUUUGCGUCUUGCCAUUUCAAGGCAGGGUGAGAUGUCCAAAUGUGGACUAGGCUGACAAGAGAAUAGAUUUGAGUUGGGUGCAGAGGUGGCAUGAGGGUCACGGCUGAGGCAGGGAAGGUGAAGGACUAGACACAGUGUUUUUGCACUUAAGAACAAACUCACACUACAAAAACCAAGACAACACGAUUGUUUAUGCCCGGAACGGACUGUACUAUUCCAGCACUACAGGGGGCCUGGGGACGAUACUUUAUUUACUUAACAUGGACAGAUUUUUACUAUCUGCUGAGAUACUAAUGGAGUACUAAAGAUACUUGGAGAAAGGCAGACCUUUUGGGAACCUUCACACUCUACUUUUAAAGAACCACAGUGGUGCUGAUCUGUACUGCCCACCUCCUCCGACCCCGGAUUGCCGCUUUGGUGGAUAGAAUUUCUAACACACACACACACACACACACACACACACACACACACACACACACACACUAACAACAACAACUCUGUACAGUUUUAAUGUACCAAGAGACUCAUGUGGCCCUUUUCCCCCCUGUAUCAUAAGCCUCUUUAAAGAAAAAGAAAAAGCAAAGGAAAGGAAAGGAAAAAAAAGCAAAGUGAAUUCAACUUUUUAAUUAUAAAUAUAAAAUAUAAAUAUAUAAAUAUAUAUAAAUAUAUAAACUUUUUUAAAAAAAACUGUGAAAAAAUUAUGAAAUUAUAAAAGCAAACACAGUCUGACAUUUAGACUCUUAUUUUUUAUUUCCUGUUGGAUUGUGACUGUAAAAGAGAACACAGGGGAACAGGCGCAUUGCUUACAUACAAACUGUGUACUGUAUUUGCAGACGCAACUUACGUGAGCUUAAAGAGACACAGAGAGAGAGAGAGUGAGAGAGAAUUUAUGCGAAUGUUAAAUAGAAAGCACUUAACUGCCCAUUGCCUUCUAUGGAACACAAGGAUUUUUUGCAGACAAUCGAGAGGAAAGGAGCCAGGUUUUUGUCCCCUCUUCCCCGUGUUACGUUUUUUAUGUUUUCAAUUCCCCCCUUUUUUUGCAUUCUGUUUGUUGCUGAAUUCUGUGUGAUCCUUUUUCAUAAAAAA